CUCUGACCUGUCAUCGCCCAUAAUAUGAGAAUCUUCUGUGCCUCUGAAGCUUGUCAGUUUUUUUUCAAACUUACCUGCUCAGACGGCAGACUGGCGUUUGAUAGUCCGUCAACCAUGACCCGCCAAGACACAGCGACCCCAACGGGAAGCCUGAGCGCACAGGGCCCCUCAAACACCGGUUACAACAACAACCCAGCGCCGGUACCUGUGAUCACACAGACGAACUCAAGAGACAAAUGGAGCAAAAAGAUGGAUUUUCUUUUAUCAGUCAUUGGCUUCGCGGUAGACUUAGGAAACGUUUGGAGAUUUCCAUACAUUUGUUACCAAAAUGGAGGCGGGGCUUUCCUCAUCCCCUACAUUGUCAUGGCCAUCUUUGGAGGUGUGCCACUAUUUUACAUGGAACUGGCCCUGGGACAGUUCCACAGAACUGGCGCCAUAUCCAUAUGGAAACACAUAUGCCCCAUCUUCAAAGGCAUUGGGUAUGCGAUCUGUGUCAUCGCGCUGUACGUCUCCUUCUACUACAACACCAUCAUCGCCUGGGCACUUUUCUACUUCUACUCGUCCUUCGCCAGCGUCCUGCCCUGGACUAACUGUGACAACGCCUGGAACACUGAAAACUGCACCAACUACUUCCUGAAAGACAAUGUGACCUGGAACAACUACUCCAGGUCACCUGCUGAGGAAUUUUACACGAGGAAUGUUCUGGAGAUCCACAAGUCCGAUGGGCUGCAUAACGUGGGGGGUGUUCGCUGGCAGCUGAUGCUCUGCCUCUUUCUCAUCUUCACUAUCGUUUACUUCAGUCUCUGGAAGGGAGUGAAGACAUCAGGGAAGGUAGUGUGGGUGACGGCCACCUUGCCCUAUGUGGUGCUCUUCAUCCUGUUGAUCCGUGGUGCCACCCUACCAGGUGCAUGGAAGGGAGUGGUCUUCUACCUAAAGCCAAAAUGGGAGAAACUCUUCGAGACCAGUGUGUGGGUAGACGCUGCGGCUCAGAUCUUCUUCUCCUUGGGGCCAGGCUUUGGGGUGCUCCUUGCCCUCUCCAGCUACAACCCAUUCACAAACAACUGUUAUCGUGACGCCAUAGUGACCAGCCUGGUGAACUGCCUGACCAGCUUCAUGUCUGGUUUUGUGAUCUUCACUGUGCUGGGGUACAUGGCAGAGAAGAGAAAUGUGAAUGUGGAGGAUGUAGCCAGAGACAAGGGUCCAAGCCUACUCUUCAUCACCUAUCCAGAGGCCAUAGCCAACAUGACAGGGUCAACAUUCUUCGCCAUCAUCUUCUUCGUGAUGAUGAUCACGCUUGGGCUCGACAGCACGUUUGGAGGACUGGAGGCUAUCAUUACUGCUGUGAUGGAUGAAUACCCUGGUUACCUGGCGAACAGACGGGAGCUGUUUGUACUGGGCUUGGUUGUUGUGUGCUUUUUGGGCUCCCUCAGCACCCUUACCAAUGGCGGGGCCUAUGUGGUGAAACUGCUGGAGGAGUUUGGGGUGGGUUCCUCCAUCAUUGCAGUUGGUUUUCUUGAGGCCAUCGCUGUUUCCUGGUUCUAUGGUAUCACAAGAUUCAGCAAUGACAUUAAAUCCAUGUUAGGCUAUUCUCCUGGAUUAUUCUGGAAGGUGUGCUGGGUGGCCAUCAGUCCUGCAUUUCUAGCGUAUAUAAUAGUGAGCUCCCUGCUUAAGCCACCCCCCCUCCAACUCUUUGACUACAAGUACCCAGACUGGAGCAUCACGGUGGGCUACGUCAUCGGGGCCUCCUCCUUCAUGUGGAUCCCUAUCUAUAUGGUCUACAAGCUGGUGUGGACCCCCGGAUCACUGAAACAGCGCCUAGCCGUGUGUCUGAGACCUGAGAGGACCAUCAUGCCAGAGAUCCACGCAGACUCCCUCAACAUGAGUCCUGUUCCAUAGAAGCACCUACGUUGCCAAGAACCCAGCCAGGCACAUAACGUUCUACCAAUAGGCUCUUGAAUGAGAACCAACUCAGCAGAUACAGAUCAAUCUCAUGGAGUGUUCAACAAAUAUUUUUAUUUUUUUGCUCAGUAAGUACAAUAAACACAAAUUGUCUGCAAGAGGGGACUUUAAUGUAAAGAGAAAACAUUUCAUAUGAAUUAAUAUUCAGUGUGAACGCGUCCUUCAAAUACUGUCAGUAUACAGUUUAUUUUGGACAGAAAAAUGUAGGUCUGAUCACAAGACAGACUUCUACAGCUAUUAAGAUAAGGCUGUAAGGCACUUCUCACCAAUUACUUGUUUAUUUAUUUAACCUGGCAAGUCAGUUAAGAACAAAUUCUUAUUUACAAUGACAGCCUACCAGGGAACAGUGGGUUAACCGCCUUGUUCAGGGGCAGAACAACAGAUGUAUUUUUUUCUCAGCUCUGGGAUUUGAUCCAGCAACCUUUCGGUUAGUGGCCCAAUGCUCUCACCACUAGGUUACCUGCCACCCUUACUUCUUUCUGCUACAUUAUUAACAGUUAAAAAACAUGACCCAGUCACAUUAAAUUACCCUUGCAUGUUUUAUUUUUAUGAUGUACCCUUUUAAGCAACCACAGUGACAAUCAGCUUUGGAAAUUGUCUCAUUACAAUCCCAAAACAUUACAUGCAGUGGAGAUUUUUUAAGAAAAGUAUCUUGUGUGUUGAAGAUAAGAUCAAUAACCAGAAACCCCUUUAUUAAUAACUGGGCUUCAUACAAAGUAUAGCAGAUCAUGUCAUUUGUUCUGUGUGAUAAGUAACCAUUUACACUGUGUGGCUGACGAAUGGUUGAUGUCUUAAAGGUUGUUUUUUUUUAAACAGAUUUUAACCGACAAUAGUUCCUCACCAACAUGCAAGUUAAAAGGAUUACCUCAAAGAAUGCAGUUAGCGGAUGAGACCAAAUACGCUGCUAAAAGUCUUUCCGUUUAGGUUAUGCUUUAUUUCAUAGUCCGCUAUUUUACCUGUCAUUUUCUUGGAAAUGAAGGUAAAAUGGUAAUUACAUAAUUAUUGUUACGUAAUUGGUAUCCUGGUUGUUUACCAAUUGUUUUUGAACCAGUUGGUACCAAUUAUUUAGAUAUACACUAGAUGUCUAAUUGUGGGCGCUGUGUUGAAGCCAAUGUGCCUCCAUCUUGGCACUCCACCACCGUUGAGAAAAUAAUAUUCUAAAAGCUAUGGAAAUGCAUUUCCUAAUGUCUACAUUCGUUUUUGCAACAUUUAUUCUGUUACCCACCUUAAUGCAUUCUUUUAAAUUAUAUUAUGUGAGCUAAACAUAACGUUUAAAAAAAAUCAUACAUUUCCCCAAAAGUAUCAUUUUUAGUUAUUGUCCCCACUACAACAAAAAAUACAUAAAUACAUGUAAUUUUGUCAGUUAAACAUUUAAUUGAAAUACUGUAGAAUUCCAUUCAUUCCUAUAGAGGACUGCUCCUACUGUGGAGUACCAAUAUGGCCGACCGGUGGCUUCAAAGCCUCUCAAUGGCCAAUACAUAGCGUCAGCAAUCCAGGGUUUAUAUACAUUAUUGGUUGGUUCCCAUUUUUAGCAGUUUCUUGGUAUAUUCCAAUUACAAUGGGACUACAAAAUAAACUGUUACCUUAUUUUCUCCUAAGUGUUUGUUGUUGGGAUAAACAACUUCCGGGGGUGUAUUCUGCCUUAAAUCUGCCUAAAUAUUGUAGCUACGUCAAAGCAUUAUAAACUCUGUAUUGAUAUUAUGCCUCUCCAGACAAACAAAAAACAAGGUUUUAUUUUCUCGAUGUGAUAAGACUCUUUGAACUGUUACUCAAUCCCUAAUCAAAGCCUAUCAGGGAUUGUAACACGUUUCCAUUUACUCUCAACUUUUGUUUCACUUAUCUCCAGAGAAUAAUUUGACGAGUCGUUUUAAAUAAGCUAUAUAAUAUUUGGAAUGUUUUGUGAUUUCAGUCUUACCUUUCUAAGUAACAAAAAAGGAAGCAGGUCCCUGUAUUUGUAGGAUGUGACGGCAACUUUCUCGUAUACAUGUAAUGAGAAGUUUAAAAAGAUACUGAAUAUAUAAACGUGUGUAUUACA